GCCAGAGGCCUUGUCCUCCUCGUAUUCUAUUACGCUAGCUGAUCAUCAGCUUUACUUUUUUAAUCGAAACGGCACUCGGAUCAAAUACAUGAAUCGAAUUAACGUUGAGCCGUCAAAAAGGUGACCCGAUGGAGUAGGUCGAGGUCACUUUCCCUGCACGUAAAGACUGUGAGCUCCUCUGAAUUUAAUUCAAAGGAGUGGUUCAACCAGCCUAGCUAGCUGAUUUAAUCAAAUCAUCUGGCUCAGACCCGUGGGAAUAUAAGAGUCAGCAGUUGGUUGAUUGGAGGUCAAUCAAACAGCUAGAUGCUUCGGGUUGGGACGGAAGGAUUAGUUGGAGUAGUAGUAUAGCUUUUUGUGAAUUGAAGCCAACAACAGUUGGCAAACAAGGAAGCGUGAUUGAGGAUCGAGAGGGAAGGCGUGUCGUCAGGAGUGGGCGAUCGAUGGCGGCCGCGAAGAUUAUAGCCGGUUUCCUCUUCCUUUUCUCUGCGGCGGCGGUGGCGGCGCCGCCUUUCAACGUGCCCACGGUCAGCUUCAGCGAAGGCUUCUCGCAUCUAUUCGGCAACGACAACCUCAUACGCGGCGCCGACGGCCGGAGCGUGUACCUCACCCUCACCCGCUACUCCGGAUCGGGAUUCAUCUCCACGGACCUCUACGAUCACGGAUUCUUCAGCGCGUCCAUUAAGCUGCCGAAAGAUUACACCGCCGGCGUCGUCGUCGCCUUCUAUACUUCGAACGCAGACAUGUUUCCGAACACGCAUGAUGAGGUGGACUUCGAGUUCCUGGGCAACGUGAAGGGCCAGGACUGGCGGAUCCAAACCAACAUCUAUGGCAACGGCAGCACCACCCGCGGUCGGGAAGAGCGUUACCUCGUCCCCUUCGACCCCACCGAGGCGGCCCACUGCUACUCCAUCUUGUGGACCCCAGACUACAUCAUAUUCUACAUCGACGACGUGCCGAUCAGGGAGGUGGUGCGGACGGAGGCGAUGGGCGGCGACUUCCCGUCGAAGCCCAUGUCAGUGUACGCCACCAUCUGGGACGGCAGCUCGUGGGCCACAGCCUACGGCCGGAUCAAGAUCAACUACAAGUACGAGCCGUACGUGUCGGAGUUCACCGACCUGGUCCUCCGUGGCUGCCGCGUCGACCCCAUCCAGCCGGCCGUGGAGGCGGCGGACCGCUGCGCCGAGUCAGUGGAGGAGCUCAUGUCCGCCGACUUCGCUCUCCUCACGCCGCGGAAGCGAGCCGCCAUGCGCCGCUUCCGCGAGCGCUACAUGAUCUACAGCUUCUGCUACGACCAGCAUCGGUACGGCAACGUCACCUUCCCGGACUGCGACUACGUCUCGCCGGAGCACACCCGGUUCGGCGAGUGGGGCGAUAACAAGGUCCCGCCGAAGGAGAUCCGCAGCAGGUCGGUCUCCAGGAGGCGCAGCCGGAGACCCAGUUCCGUCAUCCCCACCGGUGACUAGAUGCUACAUUAAUUAUAAUUUGGAGAUUGAUUUAUCAUUUAAUUACGUUCGAACUGAAUUUAUUUUGUAAGACAGAAUUUGUUGAACGUUUGGGGAUGUAAAUAUGUAAUUAAGUGAUUUCCAUGUAUUUUAAAUUAUAAUAUGCCAACAUAUUAAAUUUUUUAUAUAUUUA